AUGGAUAAAAUAUUGGAUAAAGUGGAUAGUUGUGAUCUGUACGGCCGACCCGCCCGCAGGACACAAUGGAUAGCGAGUACCCUGGCGUACCAUUACGGACUGGACCGGGGAGUAGAGAACGAAAUUAUAGUUCUGGCGACCGGACUGGACCAGUAUCUGCAGGAGAUCUUCCACCACAUGGACUGUACAGGAGAUGGGAAGAUCCCCAUGGAGGACUUUAAUAUUCUGUGUGAGAUCUUGGGUUUGAACAAAGACUCUGAGUCGGAGGAGUGUGUGGGGGUCCUGGAUAAUCUGCCCAGUGAGUUUACCUUCAGACAGUUCCACGCUAAACUCUGCGGAUACUUCAGUACCAAGGCUGGGUCCCAGUAUGAGAACGGGAGGUUACUGGUCGGGAAAGACAGCGAGCACAUAGAAACUCAGAUCCGCCUGAGGAUCCCUCUGAGGCGGCGAAAGAAGCUGCUAUCUCUGGGGGCUGGUGGGAGAGAGAAGGAAAGGAUAACUAAACUACAGGAUGAGAAUGCCAGUCUGAGGGAACUGGUGGAGGAUAUGAGGGCGGCUCUACAGAGCAGUGAUGCCCGCUCCCUGGCACUACAGGUAGGACUGUUGAAGAGCCACUCCAAACACAAAUCAGAGGGCGGCUGCUUCAUCGCUCAUCACAAACUAUCUGUCCGGACGACCCACAGCAGCAACAACUGCCAUGGGAACACCAAGACCCACAACCUCAGUCACAUCAAGACGGCCCACAGCAGCAAUCCCAGCAGCCAGCAUCACCCCAGCCAGUACUCUAGCCUGAGGAGCCUCCUCCAUGAGAUUGACCCGAUCCACAGCUCUCGGGAUGGGCAGGUGGAGGAGGCCAUUCUGUUUAAUAAAAAGCUGGAGCAAGAGCUGAGGUCGUCACGGGAGGCAGUGUCGGCGUUAGAGGGGUGUAACAGGGCACUGCAGGUGGAGCAGGGGGACAUGAGGAGGAAGGUGGAGGAUGCCCGUCAGGCGCUGGUCAGUGGAAUGGGGAAGGUCAAAGAGCUGGAGGCUAAAGCCAGCAGAGUACCGGUCCUACAGAGACACAUCCAGCAGCUGGAGCAGGAGAUCCUCUACUACAG